CACCUCCGAGAAUUUCAGUUCUCCUCCGUCUCGACCCACCUUCCCUUCCCUUCCCCCUCACCCCGCCCUGAGUCUCUGACCGAGCGUUCGGGUUGCCACUUGCCAUGACGAUCGAGCUGCAGACGAGGCCGUCGCUCCCGGCGCCGGCGGGUGCGCCACCGCGCGCGGGCACGGGUCUGCCGCCGGGGUUCCGGUUCUACCCCACGGACGAGGAGCUGAUCGUGCACUACCUCCGCAGGCGCGCCGCCGCGGCGCCGUGCCCGGCGGCCGUCAUCGCGGAGGUGGACAUCUACAAGCUGGACCCCUGGGAGCUCCCGUCCCGCGCGGUGUUCGAGGGCGACAACGACGAGUGGUACUUCUUCAGCCCCCGCGACCGCAAGUACCCCAACGGCGUUCGCCCCAACCGCGCCGCCGGGUCCGGCUACUGGAAGGCCACCGGCACCGACAAGCCCAUCACGGCCGGCGGCGUGCCCGGCGGCGAGGUGGUCGGCGUGAAGAAGGCGCUCGUGUUCUACCAGGGGCGUCCACCCAAGGGCCUCAAGACCAACUGGAUCAUGCACGAGUACCGCCUCGCCGACGCCCACGCCGCCGCCGCCGCGCACACUUACCGGCCGCCCACGCGCUUCAAGGCCUCCUCCUCCAUGAGGCUGGACGAUUGGGUGCUCUGCAGGAUCUACAAGAAGCCCAACCCGCAGCAGCUGUCGCCCUUCUACGAGCCGUCGCCGUCACCGUCGCCGUCGUCCAUGGACGCCAGCCUCGGCCUCGGCCACCACCACCACCAUCAGUACCACCACCAGCAGCAGCAGCAGCAAGAGGACACCUCCUCCUCCUCCCGGAUGCUGCCGAGGAAUCCGUCCGUCUCCGACUACCUCGUGGACUACUCCGCCGUCUCGGAGCUCUUCGACAGCAUGCCGCCGCCACCACAGCCGGAGACUGCAAGCUCUGUCGGCCAUUUCUUCCUCGGCACCACUGCUGGCGCCAGCGACGGCGAGGCCAGCACGGCUCGCAAGAGGCAGGCGGCGGCGGACAGCAACAACGAUGGUGAAAUGUCGUCGUUGCACGCUUCCAAGAGGUGGUUGGGUAGCGAUGGGUCCAUGACGAUGAUGAACGGCGGCUUCUCCAUAUUUGGGCCAGACCAGCCUUCCCAGCAGGACAGGAUAUGAUCCAUGCUACCUUGAUAAUUAGGGCCAGGAGAAAGGUAGCUAGCGAUUUGACUAUUGCCACACUAUAGCUAGUUGAUUAUUCACUAUUAUUGAUGCCGAUCGAUCAAUGGAUCGUGGGGGAUAUAUAUUACUCAUGCAUAAUUUGUAGAUCAGGCUAAAUUAGUACAGUAUAUAUAUUGUGUAAAGUUAGUGUAACAUACUAUUAUAUAGGCCGGACUAGCUAGAAGAAGAACACAAUUAUCUUCCUAGAUAGCUAGAACUGAUUGUAGAUGCAUGUCUAAUUUGUGUGUAUGUAUAUGUAGGGUGAACUAGGGUGUAAACUGUAAACAUUCAUUGAAUAAAAUUCUUAUUAGUUUGAAA